ACGCCUGAUGGUAGUGAGAGUGACAUUCUAAAACACCAACACUUGACGAAAUCUAGAGUUUAAUUGUUUGUAUGGAAAGUUGUGUUUCCGUGUUCUUGAUAUAUAAGUUUAUGUUUGAGAUUUGCAGCAUAAAAUAAAAAUGUAUUUGGUGGAGAGUAAGAGUGGAGCGAUAGGGUGCAUGCUUGUUGCGCUGGUGUUUCUCGGGACAUGGCCGGCGUUCCUGGCGCAGUUGGAGCGGCGCGGCCGCCUUCCUCAGCAUACCUAUCUCGAUUAUUCUAUCACCAAUUUCUUGACCGCUAUCCUCAUCGCUUUAACGCUUGGUCAGAUUGGCGAUACCAAACCUAACAUGCCCAAUUUCAUCACUCAACUUUCUCAGAUUGAGAAGAAUUGGGGUUGUGUUUUGAUUGCCAUGUCCGGCGGAGUAUUCCUUGGGCUGGGCAACUUGGCGACGCAGUAUGCUUGGCCCUUUGUAGGGCUGUCAGUCACGGAGGUCAUCACAUCAAGCUUAGCAGUUGUCUUAGGCACAAGCAUGAACUAUUUUCUGGAUGAUAAAAUCAACAGAGCAGAAAUACUUUUCCCAGGAGUGGGAUGUUUCCUGAUUGCAGUUUUUUUGGGCUCUGCCGUUCAUUCCUCCAACGCUGCUGACAAUGCAGCAAAACUCUCUCAUAUUGAUGCACAGGAAUCACUUUAUCAUCAAUUUACCAGGGGUGUUGUCACAUCCAAUAACCAAGAAACAGAUCAACACAAAGACAUGGAGCGCGCAAAUAGCCAAGAGGGCAAAGCAAGAACCGGCUCAGCGCAACAUCUGAUCCAGCUUGAGAACAACAGAGCCAUCAAGGUUUUUGGAAAGAGCAUCUGGUUAGGGUUGAGCAUCACUUUCUUCGCCGGUGUGUGCUACGCUCUCUUCUCCCCGGCAUUCAACUUAGCCACAAACGACCAGUGGCACGUGCUGAGCCCGGGCGUCCCAAAGCUAGUCGUCUACGCAGCCUUCUUCUACUUCUCCCUCUCAUUCUUCGUCGUUGCAGCACUCAUAAACAUCAUCUUUCUCUACCGCCCCGUCCUAAAGCUGCCAAGAUCCUCCAUAAUGCAGUACCUUAGGGAUUGGGACGGGAGAUGGCUCGCCUUUUUGGCCGGUCUGCUCUGUGGGUUAGGCAACGGGCUGCAGUUUGUGGGAGGGCAGGCUGCUGGAUAUGCCGCCGCUGAUUGCGUUCAGGCUCUGCCACUGGUGAGUACAUUUUGGGGGGUGCUGUUGUUUGGAGAGUACUGGAGAUCGUCGCGACGGACCUAUGUGUUGCUAGUGAGCAUGUUGGUUAUGUUUGUUGUGGCUAUCGGAGUUCUUAUUGCCUCGUCCGGGCAGCGAAGGCUUUCGUAUACCCAGUGACCUACAACAGAGUUGGUGUGUGUUAGAUUAAAUGUUUUGUGUGUUGAAUUUAGAAUUAGUGAAAUCAAAUAUGUUGAUUCUUGCAUUUUCAUUCCCCACACCCAGGGGUUACACUUACAUCCUGUAGUUUGGUUCUAUGUAUAUCAUGUGCUUGUAUUA